AUUUCCAGGCUAUCUCGAUGAGUAAUAUAUAUGUGAAUGAGCCAGCAACAAAUGGCAAGGUCUGUAUGAAAACAACAGUUGGUGACAUUGAUAUCGAAUUAUGGUCAAAGGAAUGUCCAUUGGCAUGUCGAAAUUUCAUCCAGUUAUGCAUGGAAGGCUACUAUAAUGGUACGAUAUUUCAUCGAGUAAUCCGAGAUUUUAUCGUUCAAGGUGGUGACCCAACGGGUACCGGUGAAGGAGGUGAAAGUAUUUAUACUGCUUCAUUCAAGAAUGAAUUCCAUCAACGGUUGAAGUUUAAUCGUCGUGGUCUUGUUGGAAUGGCUAGUGGAAAUGAUGGGAUGAAUGGUUCUCAAUUCUUCUUCACUUUAAAUGCUACACCAGAUCUCGACAAAAAACAUACUCUUUUCGGAAAAGUUGUUGGUAAUACACUGUUCAAUAUGUUACGUUUGGGAGAAUGUGAGAUAGGAGAUGAUGAUAAGCCGCUUACAAAACAGAAAAUAUUACAAGUGAAAAUAUUGAGUAAUCCAUUUAAUGAUAUUAUUCCACGAGAAAAGAAGAAAGAUAAAAAGAAGAAGGAGAAAAUUCGGGACAAAAAGGAUGCUAAAAAGUGA